ACUCUAUUGAAAAAGAAAAGAUUGUAAUUACACCUUUAAUUUUCUUUCAUUCUUUGUUUGAUGUAAAUUGUUUCUCUUGAGAAGUUGAAAGGAAUUUAUUUUUUUUGAACUUCUUUGGUUUUGAUUAGUGAGAAUGGAAAGAGGAAAAGAAAAUGAAGGACAAACAAAAGGGGAAGAUAACAAAUCAUUGCAGGUCUCAUCUGCUCUACUUCGCGAGGACAUUGUCUAUCUUCAGGAUUUCGUAGAGAGGUUAAAGAAUGAACAAGAUCAAGUUGAAGAGCUGAAAUUUUUGUUGGCAUGUUUACAGCUAUGUUAUUACAUUUCCGAUGCUGAAAUGUCCUGCAUAUCAUAUCUGGUUCAAUCACUUCUUCAUCAGAGUAGUGGAGAUGACAUGAUGGUCAAAUUAACAGAUCAUGUCGUUCCUCGCCUCCUUGAAAACAUCACAAGUUCUAAAAUCUCAGAUCAUCUUCAUUCUGCUGCCAUGAAUAAGGAUCAGUUGGAUGAACUUUUGGACGUGCUCCUCGUGAAUCUCCAUAACAUACCCAAGGUUCGUGUUGAGUUGAUUUCCCCGUCAAUGACUCAAUAUGAGCUUCUUCAGAAUGUGUUUGGCAAUUUAAGAGAUUUCCAUGCGCUGAAAGUAAAUGGUUGUGUUGAGUAUGAGACAAUCGAAUAUGUCUUACCGCAGUUUCAACUUACUGCAGAGAGAGUUGGACACUUCUGUUUUGUUCUUUUGUCUUAUCAUCUUGAUAAAACAGAUGAAGUCAAUUCCAUGCUGGUCCAUCUACUUUUGAAGAUAAUUCCGGUUUCACUGGAUGUUAUGCACAUAUGUUGUACAAAUUUGAAAGGUUCAAACUCAGAAGAAGUUGGAUUUUUCAUCAAGCAGCUCCUAGAAGCCUCUCCGGACAUUCUUAGAGAAUCUCUGAUUCAUCUACAAGAGCACAUGCUUAUUAAUGCUGUUACUCCUAGUGCUUCAACAUAUAACAUUCAUGUCAUGAUAGAGUUCCUAUUGAUUAUUCUUACUGAUGGGCUCAAGGCCGUUAUUCGUCAUGACAAAUUGUUUGUUCUCUUGGCACGUGUUAUACAACUUACCAAGGAGGUAUUUGUUUUUUUCCGUAACUUAGAAGAGAACAUGAAUGAAGCAAGUGGUUCAAAUCUAAACUUGCUGGAAAACAUUGAACUCCUGAAGGUUGAUCUCAAGAAUGAUUUCUUAAAAGCUCGUGCAAACUCGUCUCCGCUCCCCUUCCCCAUGAGUGAUGGGCCGCUCUUCAUGACUCUUCUGCUCACAAACUUAAAAGACUUGGCCUAUUCCAAUGCUUAUUCAGUUUCUUUGAUAAAAGAAGAAAUUAAGCAGGUGAAACAAGACCUGGAAAUCAUAAGAUCGUUGUUCGGUUAUGCUGAGCAAGAGUUGCAUAAAGAUCUUUGGACUCGUGUUCUAGAUUUGGCACAUGAGGCGCAACAUGCCAUUAACUCAAUUCUUGCCCGAGAUCAUGGUUUAUUGCAGCUUAUCUUCAUACUUCCUGAUACCGUAGAAAAGAUCAAGCUUGUCAAAAAAGAGGUACAAGAAAAGAUCUCCGAGAGCAGCGGUAUUAUUGUUGCAAACGCUCCCAACAAGCCGGUUGAAAGAAACUCAUCGUGUACAGUUGGUAAAAUAAUUGUAGGUUUUGAGGAGGAGACAGAGUGGAUAAUUAGGAAGCUCACCAGCGGACCAGCUGACAUAGAUGUCAUUUCCAUAGUCGGCAUGCCUGGGCUUGGAAAAACUACUUUGGCUUACAGAGUGUAUAAUCAUAAGUCCAUUGUUGAUCAUUUCGACGUUUGUGCUUGGUGCACAGUCGACCAGGAACGUAAUGAGAAAAAGUUGUUGCAGAAAAUUUUCAAUCAAGUUAUUGGUUUGAAAGAAAGAUUCAAUGAGGAUCAUGACAUAGAUGAUGACGUUGCUGAUAAGCUGCGGAAACGACUAUGUGGAAAGCGGUACCUUAUUGUCUUGGAUGACAUGUGGGAUACUGAUACAUUGGAUGAGCUAAUGAGACCUUUUCCUGAAUUUCAUAAAGGAAGCAGAGUGAUUUUAACAAGUCGGAAAAAGGAAGUUGCUUUGCAUGGAAAAUGCCACAGUGAUCCUCUUUAUCUUCGAUUGCUAAGAUCAGAAGAAAGUUGGGAGUUAUUAGAGAAAAGGGUAUUCGGAGAAGAAGGUUGCCCUGAUGAACUAAAGGAUGUCGGAGAAAAGAUAGCUCGAAGGUGUGGUGGUCUUCCUUUAGUAGUUGAUCUAAUCGGUGGAGUCAUUUCAAAGAAGGAAAAGAAAGAGGCUUUGUGGGCUGAAGUUCUGAAUGAUUUGAGUUCCUCUAUUUUUAAGGAUGAAGAGGAAGUUGUGAAGGUUAUACAAUUAAGUUAUGACCAUUUGUCAGAGCACGUAAAGCCGUGUUUUGUUUAUCUUGCAAGUUUUCUAAAGGACGAAGAUAUAAGUAUGUCUAAGUUGAAUGAUUUGUGGAUUUCUCAAGGACUUGAGAUGAAAAGUGCAGAAGAAGUAGUGGAUGAGUUAAUUUCGAGUAGUUUGGUAAUACCUUUCAAUAAUUUCAUUUUCAAAAUUCAUGAUCUUGUGCAUGACUUUUGUGAUAUAAAAUGUAGAAAGGAAAAGUUGCUUCACUUCAUAAGAGGUUCAAAAGCUCCGUCUUCUUCGGAUCUUAUGACACGUGGAAUUAUCGUUCAUUAUAAUCAUUAUGUAUAUCCUUUGGAUGAGUAUUUCACGGUGUUUGAUCCAGAACAGAAUAUUCCCUAUGUUAAACACCUCCUCAAUCUGAAGGACUUUGGCAUGUAUGUUCGUCUUUCCUACAAGAGUCACCUAAAACACUUUAGGCUUCUCAAAAGUUUGGAUUUGUGCGGCAUAACAUUGCCAGAAUCUUUGCUGAAUGAAAUCGGUAUGCUCGUUCAUUUGAAGUACUUAAAAAUUUGGAUGAAGGCAAAAGUUCUCCCUCCGUCAUUUUCAAAUCUCUGCAAUCUAGAAACUCUGAUGGUGAUUAACGGGAAUCAGUCAUGCAUGAUACUCUCACCUUGUUUUUGGAGUCUCGCAAAGCUACGAGUUGUGAAGAUGAAUUUGGAUGCUGUGUUUGAUCCGGUCAUCACUGUGUUAGAAAAUUUGACAACAUUACAUGAUCUCUACCUUCCCGGUUUCGAAGACACGGAGGAUAUUUUCAAAAGGUUUCCUAAUCUUAAAAACCUUCAAGUCUGUAUCAGAGAACAUAUACCAGAGAAGAUACGUUUUCCAAGAUUUGAUGUCCUUAAUGAACUUGAACAACUCAGUUUCUCUGUUUCUUUUCGGAAUUCUUUCGCUGAAUAUACACACGGCUUCCCUUUGAGCUUGAAGAUACUGAAGUUGGAAGAGUUCGCUGUGACAUCCGAUACACUUUCAAGACUACCCAACCUUGAAGAACUAAGUCUAGAACAGGUAAUCAUCGGGGAGGGCAAAGAAUGGAACAUGGAAGAUCAUGUCGUUUUCCAGAAUCUCAAAUCUCUAAAAUUGUCUUGGCUGAAAUUUUCUAAAUGGAACAUGGAAGAUCAUAUCAUUUUCCAGGAUCUCAAAUAUUUAGAAUUGAAAUAUUUGAAUUUUUCAGAAUGGAAGGUUGAUGCAGAGAAAUCCUUUCCCGUGCUCGAGGAACUAUUUAUAAGUGGAUGUGAUAAGCUUAUGGAGAUCCCAGACAGUUUUGGAGAUAUUGCGUCAUUAAAGUUUAUCAAUGUACGGUACAGCCCUCAGCUUAAAGAGUCGUUGUUCAAAAUUAAGGAAUAUGUUGAAGAAAUGACCGGAGAAGACAAGCUUGACGUAGAAUUCUACCAUUGGGGGUCUUAAUAAUGUGAGUAUGAAUACGAAUUUUAGAAAUGUUAUGUUAUAUUAUACAAUAUAUAUGAUCAGAUGAUAUAUGUAUGUAUGUGUGUAUGUAUUCUUCCAAACAUAUUCCUUAAUUAAGUUAUUGUAUACGUGCUUAUUUUUCGUUA